UGUUACAAGUCUCCCCGAGCUCGGUGACACAUCGGUCCUGCUCGGAAAGGAUCUAUAUGCAUGGAGCUACGCGUAAUUUUUUUGUUUGUAUAUUAACGGGAUUCUGCCAUGUAUAUGUCAAUACAAUUGACCAAGCUACGCCUCGGAACUUAAUUGGGGGGGCCCAGCUGAUGCGCUCAUUUGACGAAAUGGAUCAAGGAACCUUCUUGAUGACGAACGACGUCGACUAGAAUUUGUACAUAUACGACAUUCCGAAGAUGUUCACUGGAUUCAAGCGGUCACUGCCCCAAAUCUCCAUCUUUCACCAUCCGUCAUCGCCACCAUCAAUCCAGGCCCUCGCGCUGCUGCGGAAUGCCCUCGACUCGCCUUAUCCCCCUGGGAAGCAAUCUGCAUCCCCUCUUGAGUUUGAUCUAGAAGUCGUCGAAACGAAACCUCCGACGGCCGAUCAGCUGAAGACCAUUCUCUCGUACAUUACCCCGCUGAGAUCGACUGCUCCCCCUGCGUUAUCUACCUUUUUAUCUGCGCAUCCUGCAUCGCCUGGACCGGGCGAAGAGCCGAAGAGCGUGAAAGGAAUCGUGAGUCUUGCGGAGCAAAAUCCGAAUGUGUUUAAAUGGCCUGUUGUUGUGGACUGGAUCGGUGGCCGUGCUAGUGUAGGGGACGUGGAGGGCGUGAAAGCGAUAUUGGAGGCCAUCAGGCAACAGAGAGAUGGGGAAGUGAAACAGGAUGAGGUGGAUCAGCCUAAAGGCUGGUUCUCAUGAACGGUUUGGGGUCUGGACGGGAAACUGACAUGUCUUGGCGCACAUAUCGUCUCGAGUUGCAAUGGCUAUAUUACAGGUGCUGCAGCUGCAUGACGGGAGGAAUGGCGUGUUUGGUAUAAG